GGUGCCCAGGGGAGCUGCCGCGGGCCAGGGAAGCGGUGUGCAAGAAGGAAAUACGAGGUGGCGGCCAGGGGCCCGAGGGGAGGUACGUGGAUGCUCUGAUCCGGGCACCCUUUCUUGCCUGCCCAACACCUGAGCUCCAGCACAGCCCGCAGGAGCCCCAGUAGGAGCUGGUGCAGAUGGCGACCCCCAACUUUGUGCAGGAGAUGCACUCUGUGGGUGAGAGACUGUUAAGGAAGCUGCGAGGGCUGCCCCAGGCUGAGCCCGUGGAGCUUGUGGCCUUCUCCAUCCUCGUCCUCUUCACAGCCACUGUUCUGCUGCUGCUGCUGAUAGCCUGCAGCUGCUGCUGCACUCACUGCUGCUGCCCUGAGCGCAGAGGCAGGAAGGUCCAGGUGCGGCCCAUGGGCCCCCACUGAGGGACAGCAGGACACCCAAGGAGAAGCUGGAGAGCAGGCUGCCAGCCUGGCCCUGUGGCCCUCACCCCUCCAGACAAGGACCCCCCGGCCCCUGCUCUGGCCCUGCCCUGCCCUGAUGCCAGGACACUGAUGCCUGGAGCCUUAUCAAGGAAACAAAGGCUGGGACAAGCACAAAAUUCCAUCUGCCAGUGAACAUGGGGUGCUGGGAGGAGUCAACUGCUCAAAGACCAAGGACACCACCUGGGUCCUCUGCUGACCUUCAUUUUUUAACAAGGACGUAGGAGUCCCCAUACUUUGAUGGGGGACAGCCCACACCUGUGGGGAGCUGGCCCUCAGGGCUCUGCUGAUCCAUGCCAAAGAGGAACAAGCCAAUCAGAGGGACUUUGUGCAAUAGCUACCAGAUCCCAACCUCUGCUAAGGGGAACAUGUCAGUAUUCUAGCCUGUUUUGCCUGUUUAUUUCCAAGUAAAAGCUUUUUGGUUAUGCGUU